UCCCCCCUCGCUGCGUGCAUCGUGAUCUAGUGGAUGCAGAGUCUUGCAGAGAGAACGCAGGGUCACCUUCUGUCAUUGCGAGGUGGAAAUACCGAAUUCACCCCAGCGCAGGCCACCUGGUAGUAGUUCACCUGAGCAGCAUCAGCAGCAGGUGACCUCCUGCAGGGGACCAACAGCUAAACUCUCCAAAGUGGAUGGAAACCUGACCGAUCAUUGCUGAAGAAGUGCCCCAGGAACCCGGCUCGGCUGCAGAGGACAGGUUUAGUCAUCAGAGUGCUUUGCCACAUCCAGGAAAAUGUCUGGCUCCUACGAUGAAUUUGCCGUCGCUGACGACACCAUGGACAGCUUCUGGGAGGUGGGGAACUACAAACGCGCUGUCAAAAGAGUAGAUGACGGCCAUCGGCUCUGCAAUGACCUCAUGGGCUGCCUGCAGGAACGUGCCAAGAUAGAGAAGGCUUAUGGUGAUCAGCUAACUGCAUGGUCCAAGAGGUGGAGACAGCUCAUCGAGAAAGGCCCACAGUACGGCUCCGUGGAAAGAGCGUGGCUGGCCGUGAUGACGGAGGCGGAGAAGGUGAGUGAGCUGCACCAAGAUGUGAAGAACAACCUGAUGAACGAGGACGUGGAGAAAGUAAAGAACUGGCAGAAGGAAGCCUACCACAAGCAAAUGAUCGGAGGCUUCAAGGAGGCCAAGGAGGCAGACGAAGGCUUCAAGAAGGCUCAGAAACCGUGGGCCAAAAAGCUCAAGGAGAUGGAGGCAGCUAAGAAAUCGUACCACAUGGCCUGCAAGGAGGAGAAGCUGGCUGCGGCCCGCGAGGCCAACGGCAAGACGGAGGCUUCCGUCACGGCAGACCAGCAGAAGAAACUGCACGAGAAAGUGGACAAAUGCAAACAGGAUGCGCAGAAGGCUAAAGAGAAGUAUGAGAAGUCUCUGGAGGAGCUGAAUAAGUGCACCCCGCAGUACAUGGAGAGCAUGGAGCAGGUCUUUGACCAGUGCCAGCAGCAUGAAAUCAGGAGGCUGACCUUCCUCAAGGAGGCCCUGCUGGACAUCAAACGCCAUCUUAACCUCACCGAGAACCAAAGCUACAGCACAAUAUACAGAGAACUGGAGCGCACCAUCCUGUCUUCAAACACACAAGAGGACCUGAAGUGGUUCAGCAACAACCACGGGCCUGGGAUGCAUAUGAACUGGCCCGCGUUCGAGGAAUACAACCCGGACCAGGCCGCCGCUCCGCCAAAGAAGAAGAAGCCAGACGGAGCCCCGCCCACUCCGAGCACCGACCACGUGGCGCCACCUGGUGACCGCAGCAGCGUGAGCAGCUAUGAAAAGAACCAAGCGUACUCGACCGAGUGGUCCGAUGACGAGCAGCCCGCCACGCACUCUGGCAACGAAAACGGCGGGAACGGGAAUUCUUUUGAAGAGGAUUCCAGCACCGGGAAAGCAGUCCGUGUCCGUGCUCUGUACGACUACGAAGGCCAGGAGCAGGACGAGCUCACCUUCAAAGCAGGUGAGGAACUGACCAAGACCGAGGACGAGGACGAGCAAGGCUGGUGUAGAGGUCGCCUGGACAGCGGCCGAGAGGGACUCUACCCGGCCAAUUACGUUGAGCCGAUCUAGGGGCGUCACGGGACAAGGACACGCCGUUGGAGGCAGCUUGAACUGUCCCGUCCAAUUGCAUCGCACAUAGCCAGAGACUUAAGAGCAACACAUCCCCUGCCCAACAGACGCGCCAGGCAGUCUCGCCUAAAUCAAAACUUAGUAAUCUAAAAGACAGUAUAUCCGUAUAAUAUAUUUUAUCCAGCAUUUGGGGUGGGUGGACUUACACAUUUAAAACCAGGAGCAGCGGUUGUUGCGGUAUAAACACACUCAACUAUAACAUCAAGACGGUGCAGGAACGCAUUGCUUCUCUGUGUAGCUGUGAUUAACACGUGAUGCAGCUUAUUUAAACUUGCAGCAUACAGCAGCCCGUUCUCUUGUGACAAUGGGAACAUAAUAUAAUCAGUUACGCCCCCAACCUGCAUUGUGUAUAUACGGUUUGACGCCAUUUCUGUGUAGCAUUUCCAAUGCUGUGUGUGGUCAGUCGUCAUUCUUACAUCUGGAAUGCUGUGUAGUGUUAAAAUGUACCACCAACAAUAUCCUCUUUUGGGUUUUUUUCUUGUUUUUUUUAUUUUUUAUUUGUGAUUUGGUCCAACCUCCAGUGUGUGCAGUGCUAUGUGUUUUUAGCUGUUUUCUGAACUUUGCAUAGCAGCAUGUGCUAUGCAAAAGAAAAAAAAAGACCUGCAUUCCCUGAAUCCUGCAGCCUCGUUUAGGCUUCAACUCGAUGCAACACUUCAACUACAAAAUGCAGAAUUCAGUGAUUUGCGUCACAUUCUUCUGGACACGCUUCUGUUUUUAUGAAAGGAGGCUCGUCGAUGAACUGGUUUUCCGUUUGCUCGCUUCUUUUUCGACAUCACAAACCUGUUGACAUAAUCAGAGGCUUUCAUUCUUGGUUCAGUAAUUCUUCUCUAAUCUUAAUCCACCACUGCUUACACGAGUGAUCCAUCCCCGAAGAGCGAAGCGCGAUCAAGUCACCUUCUCCAGCUCGCCGCUGCAGUAUGAGCGGUGGGUUCUGAACAAUGCUGCAGGGCACUUUUCUUCCAGAGCGAGGGCCCAAUGGAGGAUCGUUGUCUGAAGAUGGAAGCCUCUUCAACCGGACACGAAUGUACCAGUGUUUGGGCUCGUUGUCGAAGCGCGGUUUCUCCACCGUCAUUUGACGCCCGACCUAGCAAAGAGCACUAGGUGUGUGUGUGUGGCCCGUUUCCCUGCUGAGCCAAAGAAUGACCCAAUACCAUCAACUAUCUGUUUUCCGUCCAUGCAAAAACUUCACAUAUCACAGGUGAAACAGCCUCAGUGGGGAUCAAGUUGCAGCUGCCUCCCAGUCCACCCGAACUCCAUUUGUCUGCUAAAACACAGCAGUGACCAGGGGAACACAUUUGUCUCCAGUGCUGCACUGCAUGUAAGAUGACCCGCACACAGUGUAUUAAAUGGUCAUUUUUAAACCCUUAACUUAAUAUAUAGAAAUUAAAUUAAAAGUCAUCAUCAUGAUUAGUGAGUCACAUUGCUAAGAGUUGCACCUAAAUCUCUGAUUAGAUGGAACAGAUGCUUUUUAUCGUCCGGAUGUUUUUAAAUCUCACUGGACCAACAGCGGCCAGAUGUGUUUAGCUCUGUGUCUGGAACAGGAUUUGACAGGUUUGGAUCUCACACAUGAGGAGAAACACAUCACCAGCUCACAAGUUGUGUCUUAGAGUAAAGCUGUCCAGCAUAGCAAAAAGGACUACUAUCAUUAAACUGUCCCACUUCCUUGACGUGUGUAUGCACACACAGACUCACAUACACACAAACACACAGAUAUAUACUAUAACUAUAUAUAUAUAUAUAUACACACAGACACACACAUGCAUUUAAAAUGACUAAAAAUGACAAAACCAUAAUCCAUGUUACCAGGUUAAUAUUUUGGGCGAAAACAUCAUCCAGUGUGUAUGAGUUGUGUAAAUGUAAUAGAAAAAAAAGUUUUAAAAAAAUGCAAGUGAUUGACUAUUAAGACAAAAUGUAGUGUUAUAAAUGUAAAUGUGAUUCAUUAAAAUAACAGCAAUGGAAAACAUAUUAAGAAAUAGGUACCAUAUCGUAUGAAUUUCAUUGCAAUGGAAUCGUCAGUGUAUCAUAAAAGCGUGACGUUCUCCCACGCUGUCAGAUUUGUAUAUGAUGAUGUAAUUUAAAGAUUAUAUUCUAUUGUAACUGUACAACUGUGUUGAGUUGGAAAAUGAGACCUAACCACGUUGAGGCAGUAAAAAGGUGUACAUGUAAAUGCUUUUUUAUGUUGAUGAUCUCUUCCUUAUGCACACAGGGGACAGCAGCUCACGUUGUGGAAACCCUCUAUUAGCGGUCUAGAAGAUGUGUGUUCAUAGUUAGUGAUGUACUUUUAUCUCCUAACUGGUGUAGUGCCUGUUCAUCUUGAUGUAACAAGACGUUCAUUUAAAUAUGCAUAAAGAUGAUUAUGAUCACAGAUAUAAUAAUGAUGAUA